AGAUCUCAAUCCCAUUGAAUAACUUCUCGAGAGGAAGGCGGUAAUCGAGGAUCAUUCUUUUCUGACGAUCAUUUGACCUAUAUCGAAGGAAAAUGCCUCGUGGAAAGCUUGAUCUCGUUCUUGUUGGCGCCAAAGGUCUAGAAGAUCUCGAUGUUUUCGGUAGCAUGGAUCCUUACGUAAUAAUCACUUGUCGUACACAGGAGAAGAAAAGUGGCGUUGCUUCAGGACAAGGAUCUACGCCAGAGUGGAAUGAGAACUUUGUAUUCAAUGUAUCUGAUGGCGUUACAGAGCUGAAAGUCAGAAUAAUGGACAGUGACACCGGCACUGCUGAUGAUCUGGUUGGAGAGGCAACGAUUCCACUUGAGCCUGUGUUCAUGGAAGGAAGCCUCCCAACAACAUCAUAUACUGUUGUUAAAGAUGAAGAAUUUCGCGGGGAAGUCAGACUAAGUCUUACCUUCAGUCCCCAAUGCGAGAGGGGAUCAUAUGAACAGCAGGAGGAAGAGAACUUUGGCGGGUGGAAGGAUUCGUCGUACUAAAGAGAAGAUUCGCUGUGUUUUGGUAAUGUUCUUGUUUUUCGAGAAAAUAAACAGAUAGAGUUUGGUUAAAAAACAGAGAUUGUGGCUUUCAUUCAUAUAGUUUUCCUUUCUUUAUGUAUUACAAACAAUGAUUAUACAUUUGUUUCAGAAUUUGUGUGGUUAACCAUUAGAUAUGCUUGAAUGAAGUUUGUGCUUGUUUAUU